UGAAAAUUUUGAUAAUUUCAUAAAUUAAAUCUUAAUAAUACAUGUAGGUUAGAGUAUAUUAAUAAUUUUAUAUUACACGUAUAUAUUACCAACUUAAAAAUUUGCUAUUUUAUGUAUCGACUUUUGGUAAUACUCUAUUCACAUUUUUGGUUAAGUUUUCGAUCGAUCGAUUACGGUAUUUCAUUGCAAACAGUUGCGGCUUUCAUUGUAAACUGUUAUAAACAGUCAUAACAUCUUUACAUUGUUCUAUUCGUUUCUAAGUUUACUGAAUGUGCUUUAUGAGAUGAUAACGAAUUUGUAAUUUACUUGACAUUUCUUUUAAAAUUAAAAAGAAAGAGACACCAUGGCUGAUUCAUCUUACGAAAAAGGAUUGACUGAACUUUCGAAAAUGAAGGUUGCAAAUCUGAAGGUAGAAUUAAAACAAAGAGGUCUUCCUACAACAGGAAACAAAAAUGAAUUGGUUGAAAGGCUUCAAUUAGCGAUACAUGGUGAUUCUGCAUUAUCUUUGGAUGAAACAGCAGAGGAAAUAUUAGAUGAAGAUGCAGUUCUUGGUGAUGAAGAAAUAGAAGAAUUAUCAAGUAAACCUGAUUCACAAGAGAUUAAUGAGAAAAGAAAGUUGUCAGUAGAAAGUAAUGUGGGUAAUACAAAAAAAAUAGUUUUAAAUCGUAAACCUGUGAUUGAAGAUGUUAAGAUGGAUGAAGUAGAGAAACACGAUAAUGAUACAAAAUCUUCAGAAAGUGCAUCUCCCGAGAAAAAAAUUAUAAAAUUAUCAGAGCUUGGUACCAAGGAGAGAUUAGAAAUGAGAGCAAAAAAGUUUGGACUACCAUUAUCAGAAGCUGCAAAGAAGGAAGCUCGAUCAGCAAGAUUUAGUGUUAAUAAUCAAAAUAACAAAUCAGCUGCAUCUGUAAAAACUCCCGUACACACAACUUACGAGGUCUUAAAGAAACGUGCAGAAAGAUUUGGAAUGUCAGUUUCUAGCGUAAUGGAUAAGGCUGAAUUGGAAGCGCGAAUAGAGAAGAGAAAAGCUAGAUUCGGAGAAGUGAAACCAAUCGAGAAAGUAUUUCCUAAUAAAGUCAAAAUUGUUAAAUGAUAUUCGUUAUUGUAUACUAAGACAGUAAUUUAGAUUACAACAUAUCUUGUUUUUUUCAAUAAAAUAAUAAUAUACUAUAAA